UAUUUAAUCUUCUUUAUACCGUUUCUAAACACUUACGAAGGCAAAACGUCAUGUUGUUGGUUAAUGUAUUACGAUUUGAAUAAUUAUUUUGUGUAGAUACAUAUUUAUUUAUGAAAUAUAUUGACAACUUUGUCUUCAGCAUUCUAUUUUGUACAUGAAACAAAACUUGUUCAUUAGUUUACCUAUGUUUAAAAGAGCGCAAAAUCAGUUUGGAAGAGAGAGAUGUGAAGAGAAUUAUUGUUACAUUCGACGUGACAAAAACGAAGAUUCUCAACGAUCAGCACUAUCCGACGUAUCAAAGCUUACAAACUAAUUACUGUUUUGUUAUAAAAUGGCCGGUAAUUUUUGGCAAAGCUCUCACCAUCAACAAUGGUUAUUGGAUAAACAAGAUUUGGUUAGAGAACGCCAACAUGAUCUAUCAAUAUUAACGGAAGAAGAGUAUCAAAAGUUAUUCAUUUUUUUCUCUAAUUUAAUACAAGUUCUGGGAGAACAAUUAAAGUUGAGACAACAAGUGAUAGCUACUGCAACGGUUUAUUUUAAACGAUUUUAUGCCCGUAAUAGUUUGAAAUGCAUAGAUCCUUUAUUAUUAGCUCCUACUUCAGUUUUCUUAGCAUCAAAGGUGGAAGAGUUUGGAGUAAUUUCUAAUACUAGACUGAUAACAAUAUGCCAAACUGUAGUUAAAAGCAAAUUUAAUUAUGCGUAUUCGCAAGAAUUUCCAUAUCGUACUAAUCAUAUUUUGGAAUGCGAAUUUUAUCUAUUGGAGCAUUUGGACUGUUGUUUAAUAGUAUAUCAACCAUACCGUCCCUUGUUAACAUUAAUUCAAGAUGUGGGACCGGAUGAUCAAUUACUUACUCUUGCAUGGCGUAUUAUUAAUGAUAGUUUAAGGACUGACGUGUGUUUAUUAUAUCCACCUUAUCAAAUAGCAAUUGGUUGUUUGCAAAUAGCCUGUGUAAUAUUGCAGAAAGAUCAUAAAUCGUGGUUUGCAGAAUUAAAUGCAGAUAUGGAAAAGAUUCAGGAAAUAGCACGAUAUAUAAUAAAUUUAUACGAUUUGUGGAAUAGGUUUGACGAAAAGGAGGAAAUUCAAAGCUUAUUAUCAAAAAUGCCAAAACCAAAAGCUGCACCACAGCGCUGACAACAAGUUCUCUCUUCGCCAAAUGUCUGGGAUGUUGUCUCAUGUUAAGUUUUAACGAAUGUUUGAAACUUUGUCCUUUGUCUCAUAUGUUGCUAUCGGAUACAUACAGAGAUGCAUUAACAACGAAUAUAUUUCGCAUUUAUAUCUGAAUAAAAACAUUUUUUAUUCAUAUUGAAAUUUGUCCUAAAAAUAAGUCGCAAACAAUGGUAAUGUAUUGAUUGAUAUUUUGUUUUAUACUCGACGUAUUAAGGACAUACUUUAGGGGAAGAAAAUUAUACCAAUUUAUGAAUAUUAUAUUGUAAUUCAUGAUAGAAAUAAAAAAUGAAGUCUUUUUGGCAUUGCGAUUAGAAAA